AUGGCUUUUACUGUGACAAUUUUGUACCAAACAAUCCCAACACUCCUAAGAUGUGGACUGAGAAUUGGACCGGAUGGUUUAAGCAAUGAGGUGUACCACGGAGGCACCAACUUUAACAGAACCGCAGGUGGUCCGUACAUCACAACUUCAUAUGAUUAUGAUGCUCCCCUUGACGAAUAUGGUAAUUUGAAUCAACCAAAAUACGGGCAUUUGAAACAACUUCAUGAUGUUCUUCACUCUAUGGAAAGAGCUCUCACAUACGGAAACAUCUCCACCAUUGAUUUUGGAAACUAUGCAUCGAUUACCACUCAGACUUCAAUGAUGGUUAAGAAAUCAAAUGAAGCUGAAAAUAUCCCUUCAACUCUGAAAUGGUCAUGGAGACCAGAGAACAUGGACAAUUUCCUUUUAAAAGGAAAAGGAGAAUCUACACAGACACAACUAUUUGAUCAGAAAGUAGUAACCAAUGAUCAAAGUGAUUAUCUAUGGUACAUGACUACCGUUAAGUUUAAAAAACGAGAUCUAUUUUUGGGUAAAAGUAUGUCUCUUCGCAUCAACAGUACUGCUCAUGUCCUUCACGUUUUUGUCAAUGGAAAACAUAUUGGUAAUCAACACGCUGAGAAUGGAAAAUUUAACUAUGUAUUUGAGAAAGAUGUGAAGUUUAAGUCUGGUCGUAAUGUGAUUGCUCUUCUUAGCAUAACUGUGGGACUUGCGAAUUAUGGUGCUUUCUUUGAAAAUAAGCCGGCUGGAAUCACUGGACCCAUUUUUAUUACUGGAAUAAAUGGUGAUGAAACCAUAGUUAAAGACUUAUCUGCUCAUAAAUGGAGCUAUAAAACUGGUUUAAAUAGGUUUGAGAACCAACUCUUUAGAACGGAAUCAAUGUUUAAAUGGUCAGUUGAAAGUGUACCAUUUAACCGAACCAUGACUUGGUAUAAGGCUACAUUCAAGUCUCCCUUUGGAAAUGAUCCGGUUGUUGUCGAUCUUAUGGGACUUGGGAAAGGUGCUUAUCAUGCUGAAAAAUGUCUCACCAAUUGUGGAGAACCCACACAAAGAUGGUACCAUGUUCCUCGUUCUUUCUUGAAUGCAGAAGGAGAUAACACACUAGUUUUGUUUGAGGAGAUGGGAGGAAACCCAUCGCUUGUCAAUUUCCAAACUACCAGAGUGGGAAGUGUAUGUGCUAACGUCUACGAGAAAACAAUUAUUGAGCUUUCAUGCGAUAGAAAAUCCAUUUUUGUCAUCAAAUUUGCAUCUUUUGGUAACCCAUAUGGCAAUUGUGGAUCUUUUGAAAAAGGAUCUUGUGAAUCAAGUAACAACGCGGUUGAUAUUCUCACACAAAAAUGCAUUGGAAAAGAGAAAUGUUCCAUUGAGAUCUCUAAGGAAAAGUUUGGAGCACCAGAUUGCGGUGGUGCUCCUAGAAGGCUCGCUGUCGAAGCUAUAUGCUAA